UACCCCGAAAGUCGAUACGUUAGUUCUUCUGCUAAUAUUUAUUCCAGGCCUGAACCGUUUGAAGAUCCUGUAGUAGUCUUAAAAACUCUCGUUCACUGAUUGCGACUGUUUGGUGAAAGCCCUUUAAGCGUAAUGGUGUCUAGGGUGCUGUAAAGCGCUAGUUCUCAUGAGAAGAAUUGGAAAGUGUCAGAAAGGACCCUUCAUCGGCUCGCGCGCCACGUUAGAGACCAAGAAUGUAGCUGUGAACACGGUUCAGGCAGUUAUUUGAAAUCGAGCCAAGAAGAAAAGACAAGGUGAAGGACAUCUUGUAGAGUGGUGUUGACUUGUCGACAUUUCCGAGAGCACCAUGGAAGAGAAAAAAGGUGAAGGACAUGACCAAGAAACCCAAACAAACUUCGACAUAAAUGGAUCUGUACUGACUCAUCCACCGUCCUCAAUUCAACCAUCCAUCCCAAUCAUGGACAGGAACCCAAAUAAUUACAGUAGCGUUCCAACGUGGGGUGCCAGAUAUUCCUGUCAACCUCCAAGUUAUCCAGAGAAUUAUUACCCAUAUGAGUCUGGUUACCCUGCACCCCCUCCACCACCUCCCCAACACCCUUACUACCCAGGACGAAAUCCUCAUUGGCACCAUCCUGAAGCGGGUGUUGUAUACCCACCAAAUCAUGGUUCAUCUGUCCAUGUGGGACCUUUCAGGCCUGAGUAUCCUCGUAGAAACUUUUAUCCAUCAAAUCUUAAUGACAGUGCUCCCCAACGGAACACAGAAAUUGCUCGUCCAAAGGCUGAAUGGCCAAGAACAUAUCAGCAGUUUGCUAAACCUACCAUUCCUUCGCAUUAUUUGGCAACCAUGCAUAGUGGUCAUAGGAAUGUUCAGGCAGAAUUCGUUGCACCUCCUUCUACUGCUACGUCACUGAGAUCCACUGUGUUAGAUGUUCCUGGAUCCAGUAUUUCUAGCCCUAGGGCUUCAGCUCAUCUUACACGCAAGAGAGCACGCUCCAAUACACCAUCAUCAAUUGAGUCCAUUGAUUUAAACUUGUUGAUCAGGAACUCUCCAGAUUCUUUGCUAGGAUGUUUGACUGGGUCAAGGAUAUCUUCAGCAGGAUCUUUUGGUCAUCUAAGUCCUUUGGGCUUUUGUACAUCUUCAGUUUGUCAUCGCACCCAAUCUUCGGCAAUGCACCCCAUGAGACCCCCUCCCUUUAUAACACCACCACCAAUACAACCAGUAAAAGCCACAAAGAACCAGGAGCAACCAAGAGAUGUCUUUCCAUCCUCUACAACUGAUACCCCUAAGGAAGAACCCAUUGCAGAAAGCAUGAACUGUACGGAAUCACCUCCUUUAUCCAAGCCUGUAGAAGCUCCUUCCUCGCGCAUGAAGGAAGAGGCUGCAGAAACCUGUAAGCUGGAUUCAACAACUUCACCGGGUGUUUCAGGAGUUCCGCCUGGUUCUGACAAUGAAGCUGAUGAUGGCCCUGGUGAUGGAGAGGAACCUAAUUUGACAUGUCGAUGGAAAGACUGCACAAUUUUAUUUGAAAACCAAGAUGCCCUCGUAAAACAUGUCAAUUGUGACCAUAUUAAGAAGGAGAAACGUGAAUACACUUGUUACUGGCAAGACUGUUGCCGAGAACAGAAGCCAUUUAAAGCCCAGUAUAUGUUAGUAGUGCAUAUGAGAAGGCACACAGGAGAGAAGCCUCAUGUUUGCAAGUAUGAAGGUUGCACCAAAGCCUACUCCAGACUAGAAAACCUCAAGACACAUCUAAGAUCCCAUACAGGUGAACGCCCAUAUGUCUGCGAGGUAGAGGGAUGUACUAAGGCAUUUUCAAAUGCUUCAGACAGAGCUAAACAUCAAAACAGGACACACUCAUCUGUGAAACCUUAUGUGUGCAAAGUACCAGGCUGUCCCAAAAGAUACACAGAUCCAAGCUCGCUGAGAAAACAUACCAAGACAGUCCAUGGAGAUCAAGGAGUGAAAAGGCACAAGCUGAACUCAGACGGAGGCAAAGACAACACACAGAGCUCUACCAAGAAAACCUCUUCCAGCAACCAAUCAAAUCAGUCCAUUUCAAACACUAAUACCAGCAACGCUGCAGUGCAGUCGCCAUCCAGUGAUGUCAAGUCCCCAGGUAGUGGUAGCGAAAGUGGUACAGUAAAGAAAGGAGGUGGAUACUCAUCUAGCGUAGUCAGUAUUGGUUGGGAUGCAGAUGUUGUGUCUUCUACAUGUGAUGAUCGUUCUCCAGCAGUUGACAUACCAGGAAGCCAUGAAACGUCUUUAGGUGUUGGUCAAGUUACUACAUCUGGACUAUCACCUAGGAGCCCACCAUACGUCAAACAGUUGCCUGACAUUGUGGAAGGUGACUAUGAACCAGUAACCGAUGGUUGUGCAGUAACAACUGUACAACAAGUAGUAAGCCAAAGACAAUCAGAAACAAUUACCCUGCCAAAGAUCCACAACAGGAAUAAGGAUGUUGCUAGUUGGGUGAGUGAUGUGCAUCGGCGUAUGAGUCAAACAUCAACAAGGAGAUCCAGUGAAACUAGCCACAUUUCAGAGAUGAAUGGUGAUGUAAGCAGACGAUCAAGUGAAAGUGGCUGGGCAUCUAACAAUGAAAGCAGGAGAUCAAGUCAAGCAAGUCUCAAUCCACAAGUAGUUCCACACCCGCCAAAUGUUCAAGUUCCCCCAGGACCUAAGAAUCAGCAAGGAUCUAUACCAUGGAAGAAAACAUUGUUAGCACCUCUAAGCGAUAGUGAAGCUGUUUUACGCAGGGCCAGUGAAACAAGCAAUGCAAGUUCCCAGAGCUUUGCAUGUAAUAGACUGAGUCGUAAUAGUAGUGGAUAUGGUAGUCAAUCAAACUUGGCCAUCAUAAGAAGUCCAAUGUUUCACAGGAUUCCUUAUCAGUUUUCCAAAGAGCCUUUUAGACCUAAUGGAAUAGAUAGGACAUUUAGGCGAUUGAGUGAUACUGUCAUUUGUGAAGCAGAUAGCUCAGAGAUGUCGCUACAACAGGGUGGUGAAAAAGAAGAGUAUCGUCGGCGCAGUGAACCCGCACAGCAUAUGAGGUGGAAUUCAAGGCCAGAGCCAAUGAUACAACUGUCUUCCAAUAGCACAACAAAUGAAGCAGAGCCUCGUGAAACGGAACUUAUAAAUGAAGAUGUUGAUCCCAAUGAAUUUGAUGCUUAUCUCAGUCCAGACCAGGCGCAGUCAAGACAGACACAACCUCUUCGACAUUAUCCUUACCCAUCUGAGGAAGCUUACCCUGAGCAACAGCUACCCAUUGAGUCCCAGACAAUCCACUACCGACCAAGCCAACCCGCUGCAAGACCACCUUAUCCUCCUCCAAACAGAAUACCACAACAGAGAUUCAAUUUACAAUAUGCCAGACCACAGAAUCAAUACUACCAAAGGCAGUCAAGACUUCAAUCAGUUCCUCAGGGGCAAAUGAUUACUGAGUAUCAACAGAGAGUUCCUGGGAUGGUAGAUUACUACGGUGAGCAAAGCAGACCCCAAGAGGUUGGCAGCUAUGAAGCCAUGUUAAACAGUAUGGAAGCCCUUUCAACUGAUGGAAACGGCAAUGAAAUAAACCCAUUUGGUCUGGGUAAUAGCAAUAUGGUAGUUAAUGACAUGAACACUCUACUGAACUCAUUGGUAGAAGAGGAUAAGUACUUAGAUAUGCAGCAAAAUUCACAUCGUAUUGCUAACAGUGCUUUGUCCAGCAUAUUCUAAGAACUCACAGUAGUAUCUUUAAAAGAACAAGCCCACGAGAUAUGCUUUGCUUGUCACACACAAAGGUUUCAGUACAAGGAUGUGGGAAGCCUCACAUUGAAACUUUUGUGUGUGACAAGCAAGACAAAACUUCUGUCACACUGCAACUUUGCAUGUAAUGUUGCUUGCAAGAUCCCUGGAAUUUUGUGUGCAAUUUCAAGGAGGGUCGAGACACAUUGCAAAAUUUCCCAUCGCAAGCAUAACCUUUUGCAAUGUAUCUUCAAGAAUGGAUGGAAAGCUUAAAACACUGGCAACAUCUUCUGAAAAUUAUCUUAUCUACAGGAAUGAAUGGAAUGCUUAAAGCACUGGCAACAUCUUCUGAAAAGUUAUAACUUUUUAUACUUUUUUCAGUUUCCUGAAAAUUUGGAAUACAACCUUACAUGCAAUGUUGCAUUGUGCGUCAAUGUCUUUAGAAUUUUUAUUCCCAACAAAUAUCCAUACUGCAUCUUACCCACAAGGCAAAAUGGAAUAUUUUAAAACAUGGGCAAAUGCUAGAGGCAUUUUCUAGAUCAAUACUACAAAAUGUAGCUAGAAAUAAUUAUCCAUAAGAUUUAUUUUAGUUAGUACUAAAUAAAUUAAUUUUGAUUUUAAUGUAAGAAAAUAUAUUUCCAUGGAGUAUAUCAACUACAGUAGAAGCUAUUUCCAUUUUGACAACCUUGCAUGCAUGUUUGAAUAUGCUAUUCACUUUUUGAAAUACCUCAGGUGGACUUCUGAUAGACAGUUAUCGAUUUAUUAAUUUAUGUUAUUAAUUCAACAUUGAGCUGUCAUCAGAAGUUACCUUGACUUGUCUGCUAAAGCAUGCAGAUUAAUUCUAAGAUGUGAAAAUUAUACAUAAUAAUUCUCUAAAUUUUGUACAGUAUGCCAUCAUAGGAUAAAGGUGGUCUUACACAAGGUUCUUAUGUUCCAUGCAACUUCUUUUGAUAUUUCUUUGUAAAACAAGUUGCGUGACAAAUUGAUCUGGUAGUGUAAUGUCAAAACUUUGUCUUGCAAUUUUGGUACAGUAUAGGCCUUUCCUUAGUUCAAUAAACAGGAUGCAUUGUGGUCUAGCUUCAUAAGGCAUGAUGAACAUGAGAUGUUUGUACUGAAGCUACUCCCCACAAUGCACCAUGUUCGCUAUUUCAAAAAACGUUAGUUCUUAGAGUUUAGUCUUGCUUUUUGAAACAAUAAUACUGUGCAACAAUUCUAAGGCAUUAAUGUGAAGGGUAACACCCUUCCUGCAACAUGUUUCGCAAUGAUUUGUUGUACAGCCAUAAACAUUUCAUUGUGCAUCAAUUAUUUGUCUCAGAUCAUUACCUGUACAUCCCUGUUGAUGCAAGCAACUGCAAUACACUGGUUUAAAUAGCAUGACAAAAUUACGAGACAAGUUGCAAGGAAAGGAACUUUACCUAGUGUAAUACCACCUCAAUGGACCAGUUACAUAAUAUGGCAGCUAAUAAUAGCAAAUAAUCCUAUUGCAGCUAAACCAAUACAACAUGAAUUUUAACUUUCACAAAGGCCCAUCUAAGGGGCCAGAAAUAUCCAACAUGGCUAAUUAGAAGAAAGAUUAUUGAACCUUAAAUGUUAUUAAACUGCCUUCAGCGGAAAUAUUGAUGUCUAUUGAAAAUUAUAAGAAAUUAUUGUUAUAAUAUAUACCUUAUCAAAAAAAGACAGCAGACCACUA